GUGCAGUGUGAUUGUUCGUCGAACGGUGUUAGAUACAUCGAUGUCCCAUGGGAUAGUCAACCGACAGUAAAGUUGUGGAUUCGCUACCAAAUGCACGACCCACGAUUCUGAAAGGAUAGCAACAUGACUACUAACACAAAAUCUGCGUUUGGCAGAAACAACAUCUUUGCGCCUGAAUCACCCUCGAUAUGGCAGCACUUGCAGCGAAACCCGCUACUCAUAAUCGCACAAUGGCUAUACGCCCAUCGGCCGCCCAUAGUCAUACCACGACCCACAUUCGGUACACCAGUAAAGGUUGUGUGCAUUUCAGACACCCAUAACGAGAAACUACAUGUCCCUAAUGGCGACAUUCUCAUUCACUCUGGGGACAUGACCAUCAACGGUACAUUCGAAGAAAUCCAACUACAACUCGGUUGGUUAAACAGUCUGCCACAUCAUCACAAGAUUGUAAUAGCUGGAAAUCACGACUUGCUUCUCGAUCAAUCCUUUUUCCAUCGCAACCCACGACUUGCAAGCCCAGACAAUGAACGUAAAAUGAAAGAGCUGAAAUGGGGAAGUGUGAUGUACCUGAACAACGAAUCAAGGACAUUCGACAUCCGGGACCGUACCGUUCGGGUCUACGGCAGUCCCAUGACACCACAAUAUGGCAACUGGGCGUUUCAAUAUCCAGAGAACGAAGACAAAUGGUGCAACACUAUCCCAGAAUCAACAGCCAUACUCGUAACGCAUGGCCCGGCCAAAGGACAUCUCGAUUCUUCGCCUUCGAAUCCUACGUAUUUGCAGGGCUGUGCUCAUCUCCAACGGGAACUAUGGCGUGCCAAACCACAACUACACGUUUGUGGGCACAUUCACUCAGCGAGAGGAGUUGAGCGAAGGAGCUGGGAAUGGUUGGAGUGGAGUUAUGACACUGUGUGUCGUGGCGAAGGACGCGUUGGCACUAUGCUGAUAAUUCUUGCUAGUUGGGUCGGGGCUUGGGUACUGUAUGCGUUGGGAAGAGAGAACAGAGGGGUUAUGACGAGUGUCAACGCAGCGGUCGUCGGGGACUGGGGUUUAGCUGAAGGCAAAAAAACUCUUAUCGUAGAUCUUGUCUAGAUCGUGUGGAGAUGACUGCGGAACCAUGUCAAAUGUUAACAUCUUUCUCUUCAAGUAGACGUAGCCUGCACCAAGUGCUGUGACAUCGAAGCCUGCGUGGCUUCUCGCAGCCCAAUAUGGCAGUUCACACAGCAUUAUAGGAGAUGCCAGAGCAAAAAGUGGAGAUUGGGUUCCUGGGUUCAUGCGUGCCGUCAUGCCCCACCGAUCCUCGCGAUAGCGAUACAGAACACGUUUCGGGACGUGGAGCCCAUGAACA